CUCUUCACACUGUCGAAAUUUUCUUAAUUUCGAUGUGUUGAGGAGCCUGAAAUUUCACUCUCCCUAUUUUCUUUUAUUGGAUUGAUCAAUUGUUCAGAGAAUGCCUCCCCCCCUCGAUCUCUCCGAAUAGCGAAAGAUUUCUAUCUGUAGGCGGCUUCGACUCCCUGCGACUAUGGGAGCAGGAGCAAGUAGGAAAUUUACAUGAACUGGGUGGAAAUGUGCUGGAGAGUUUAAAUGCUUACAUCAUUAUCCAAAUGAUACUUGAGAUUAAUCUUUUAAAAAUAAAAGCUCUUCUGUAAAUCUCAGUUGACGGGUGGUUAGGCUGAAGCGACAUGUGCUGAAAAUUCUGGGAUGAUUUUUUUGAUGGCUAAGUUUAAAGUUUUGAGCCAAAUUAGUGGAUUUGAAGCAUCACAUGGUCAUUCUGAACCUAGAACUUGUUCUGGGAAGAAACCACUUAAAAGUUGCAAGAUGAAAGGGAGUCUUGAUAAUAUUGUUCUCAUUGACGUUGACAGUGAUAAUUUCCAUAAUAUUAUUGUCAUCGAUGUUCCUGAUUCUUUGAAGCAGAAAUUGCGAGGUUCAAGGGUGCGGAGAGAGAGCUCAAAAUUUCCAUUGCGAAGUGUAAUUAGCAUUGAUGAUGAUGGAAGCUCUGACGACGACUGUCAGGGAAUUGGUGCAGAAGGUGCUGGCAACUUAUGUGAUGAUGCCUCUUCAAGCAAGAGAUCUUGUCCUGCUUCCAACCAUUUCCAGGACCCUGCAGAUUCAGUUGGUGAUGAAUGCCAGUUCAUCCAUGAAAGAAAUUCCCCAUUGAAUUUAUCAAAGUGCAAACGUACCUAUUCUGGGAAACUUCCCUCGCGAAAUCGUUAUGGUUUAGAUUCUGAGUCUCAGAGUGGUUCAUCUGAAAGUGAUUGCUCUGAUUGUGAGGUGACACUUCGUGAACAAUGGGAAAAUGCUUCAUUGAAGAGAAAAUACGACUUCUGUAAUGGUCAGACAAUUUUGGAGGAUCAAGCUGGUGCUUCUAGCUCCCACACUGCUGCAUGCCAAAAUGCUGAAGAUGAGAAUUCCCCUGAAAAACAUCCAGAAACUGCCGUAUGUUCUAAUUCAAGUAAUGUAAAUUAUGAAGAGAAGUCUUCCUUUGUUAAAUCUGGCGGUGGCAACUUUAACGGUACCCCUCCCAAUUUUGCUACAAGGAGUCCUGAAGAUUUCAAUCACAAGUCAAUGGAAGAAACGCAAGAUGUCCACGACAGAGCAGAGAAUUGUGCAGAAUAUCCCCCAUUUAACUUUCCAGAAUGGCAAACUUAUGAGCCUUUUGAUCAUGGUGGCACUGGCACAAUGUUUUGUGAAAAACAAGAACAAUGCUCCCAACAACCUUCUUCUUGGUCAGAUCAAGAACAGGUGCAUGCAAGAUCUUUUUUUCAGGCUAAGAGAUGGAACUUGUCAGAAGAACCUUGUUUAUUUGAUCGCGCUCCCAGUCUGAGCAUACCCAUUGAUCAUGGAAAAGCUAAUGUUCUGGAUGAAGAGGUGACUCAAUGUGAGAGGAACUGUUCAAUUGAGACAAAGAUUGAUUGUGAAACAGUCUUUUCCAAGGAUAAAGAUGAAGAGUUUCAGGAGGUGCCUUCUGAUUGCAAUGUUUUCUGUACAAAGGAAUCAAAAGACAAAAGAAGUAGUUUCAUGGAAAAAGAGAAAGCAGUUUCUGAGGAAUUCUCAUUUUCAGCUCAACCAUCGGUUGAAAAACUGGUUCAUCAUGGUGUAGCUUGUGAAGAUAGAGUUGGAAUUGUGCUUGAAAAUAUGUCUGGAUGCAAGACUCAAUCACAAGGCAAUUUAGAUGUUGAAAACAAUGAGGCUAACUCCCAAGAGAAAGUGAAAUCCAAUUAUGAGAAACCAUAUUUUUGCAACAAUCGAUCUGAUGAAUCACAGGCUAAAUGGGGGAGAUCUAGGUUGGUGGAUGUGAAAGAACCAAUUAUUGAAUCUAUUUGUGACAGUCAACUGCAAGACAGAUUUCAUUCUCAAGACGGUGAAGGUACAUAUUCUGUUCAGAGUUGCAUAAUCAAUGAACGAGAAAAGAUAAAGGAAACUGCCGAGUACAAAAAGGCAGUGGAAGAAGAGUGGGCAUCCAGGCAGCGGCAGUUACAAAUUCAGGCAGAAGAAGCACAGCGGUUGCGGAAGAGAAGAAAAGCUGAAAGCAUGCGUUUAUUGGACAUGGAAAGGAGACAAAAGCAACGUGUGCAAGAAAUGCGAGACAUACAAAAGAAGGACGAGGAAAACAUGAAUUUGAAGGAGCAACAUCGAGUUGAAGUAAGGAAUGAGCUUAAUAGACUUGAAAUGACAUGCAGUGAUAUGGCCUCUCUACUUCGUAGCCUAGGAAUCCAUGUGGGAGGCGGUUUACAUCCUUUGUUACAUGAGGUGAAUGCGGCUUAUAAGCGAGGGUUGCUGAGUUUUCACCCAGACCGAGCGUCAAGAACUGACAUCCGCCAGCAGGUUGAAGCUGAGGAAAAAUUUAAACUUAUAUGUCGAAUGAAGGAGAAGCUCUUACCGUCUUGCUGAUGUAGAAUAUUUAAUGCUUUUUGUUGUGAUCAAAUUUUACUAAUCACCUCGUUGGUAUUUUUUUAACAUUGUUGGAGCCCAUGCCUUCGCCCCAGGGUUUCAUUUUUUUUUUUUUGUUCCCGCUACAGAAGCAGUUGGCUUUUCCUUGGCUGCUUUUCCCCCGAUGGUCAUCUUUGUAAAGCGGUUGUAAUUAUGUUUUUGUAUUUAGAUUGCAAAAUUUUUUCGGCGAUGGAAUAAUCUGUUGCAAGAGGGAAUUGGUAAAUUGCACCUUCAUC